AUGGCUUCUAAUGACAUUGUAUUGGGGUUCAUUUUUCUCUUUCAGACUGGAUUUGGGGCCCUGGGGAACUCCUUCCUCCUAGGCCUUUAUACCAUCAAUUUCUUCAUCGGUCCAAAGUUGAGGCUUAUAGACAUGAUUCUCUAUCACUUGGCCUUUGUCAAUGACUUGAUGCUUCUGUCCAAAGGGAUCCCUCAGACAAUGGCUGCAUUUGGGCUCACCAAUUUCCUGGAUGAUGUGGGAUGUAAACUUGUCUUUUACCUUCACCGAGUGGCCCGAGGCCUUUCUCUUUGUACCACCUGCCUCCUGAGUAGCUUUCAAGCCAUCACUUUAAGUUCUGGGAGCUCCAGAUGGGCAGGCCUCAAAGCUAGAGCCCUAAAGUUCAUUGUCUCUAUUUGUUUCUUGUGCUGGACUUUUCAUCUGGUGGCAUAUUACGUCACUUUGUUAUAUGUCAAAGGGCCAAAUAGGAGCAAAAAUAUCACUGGAAGUAAUUAUUUAAUUUAUUGUUCUGCUACAACUGAUGUUUUAUUUAAUGUUGCACUAUAUGUAUUCUUAAUAUUCCUACCUGAUGUUUUAUGUGUAGCAAUCAUGGUGGGGACCAGUGGAUAUAUGGUUUUUGUUUUGUGCAAACACCACCAGAGAGCCAAGUAUAUCCAUGGUAAUAAUCUCACACUUACUAGCUCCCCUGAGACCAGAGCCACCCAAAGUAUACUACUGUUGGUCACUCUGUUUGUAUCUUUUUACUCACUGAAUUCUAUUUUAGCAUUUCAUAUACAUUUAGGGAAGCCAACAUCCUGGCUGGUUCAUAUCUCGGCUUUCUUAACUACCUGCUUUCCAGCUUGUAGCCCCUUUGUUCUAAUUGUCAGUGACUCUCAAGUCCCUAAGUACUUCUUGGCUCUGUGGGAAAGGAUAAAGCUUCCAGUUUAA